CCCACGCGACCACUCACUCCGGUCUUGUUCCUGAAACCUUGCUUGACACAUUCACUCUCGUUUUUUUUUCCCUUCCUCUUUUUGCCCUCUCUUCCUAGAGUCCCCAGUCACCCCGCCUAGCAGCCCUGCAGAACUGCGGGUCAGGGGUCGUCAUCGGGCUUGUCGUGGGGCACUGCCUGUGGUACUGCUUUUACAUGGUACCCUUCCUCAACCUGCGCAGGCUGGAUUCAAGGCAUGGCUGUCAGACAUAGGCCACCACCACCGCUGGCUCCAUAGCAGACACCCAACUUGUCUUCGAAUUACCUACCUUCACUCCGGAUAUUCAGUCCAACAUCCAUCUAUCUGACCUACCGCGCACACACCCCCUGCCUCCUAUGCGAGCCGUGUCAUGGCUGGCUACACCGGCAGUGGCAAUGGCGGUCCUCCCAUCUCGUCCGGCUACGCUCCCCACGCCCCGUCCAGCCUCCGCCAGAACUAUCCUCACCUCGACGAGGACCCCAUAGGCGAUUUUAUGCGCUUCCUCAAGCGCCAGGUCCAGGCCCUGCAGCGUUUCUGGAACGCCAGAGGGAAGAGGGCGACGCUGGCCUUGCUGCUCGAGGUGGCGCACCAGCUGCGCAGGAACCUGACAUGGCGUCGCCUGUCCAGCUUCCCACACCUCCUGGUUAUAAUAUGGGCCGUGGUUUUGCUUUGGGGGGAGAGAUGGAUAUUCCACACAAAAGUCGAGAGCUGUCACUGGACUAACUGGGAGAAAUGGCCUUCCGGUGCCACACCCCAUCACCUCAUCUUCGUCGCGGACCCUCAACUCAUCGAUCCACACUCUUACCCCGGACGACCGUGGCCGAUCAGCUCCUUGACUGUUACCGUCACCGACAACUACAUGCGCCGGUCGUAUCUCCAGCUACAGGAGCAGCUACAUCCGGACACCGUCUUCUUCCUGGGCGACCUCUUCGAUGGCGGGAGGGAGUGGCGGACCUAUCACGGCGAUACCCCAGAUCCAAGCUGGAAUCACCGACCGAAGGGGGAAGUCGGCUACGCAAAAAAGUGGAAGAAAAAGUACGGCGAGGACUUUUGGCUCAAGGAAUACGCGAGGUGGGUUGGGCUGUUUGCCGAGCCUUGGAACCUGGGCGGAUCAGAAGCUGGGGCAGGCCAAAGAGGAAGAAGGCUGAUCGCCAGUCUGCCUGGCAACCACGAUCUCGGUUUUGGGUCAGAGGUCAAGGUUCCCGUGAGAAACCGCUUCGAAGCGUAUUUUGGGGAUGUGAACAGGGUGGACGUCAUCGCGAACCACACCUUUGUGUCGAUAGACGCGGUAUCCCUCAGUGCCCGCUCCUCUGACGACCGAAGUAAGGCCGAUCUGAGCAGCAUAUACAAGCCAACGGAGGAUUUCUUGAACAAGGCGCAACUAUCCAAACGAAAAGCUGUUGAGCGAGAGCUACGGCGACUUCGGGGGGAAGUCGAGGAGGUGCCACAAGAGCACAAGAUCGAGGACGCACUUUCGGCAGAAUUCAACAACAUCCCGACGCUGAACCCAGGCGAAGGGAAGGCAGAGCUGCCAACGAUACUACUUUCUCAUGUGCCUUUAUACAGGCCGCCGGGGACGCAGUGUGGGCCUAUGCGAGAACACUGGCCGCCGUCGAACCCAGCGGACCCAGGAGCCCGAGACGACAGGAAUGCGAUUUCCGUGUCUAGGGGCUACCAGUACCAGAACGUGCUCAAUGAGGUGGACUCGAUCGAGGUGGUCAACAAGAUCGGCAACAUCAUCCAUGCGUUUUCUGGCGACGACCACGACUACUGCGAGCUGAGGCACGCUGACAACCAGGCGAAUGUGAAGGAGAUUACCGUCAAGAGCACGAGCAUGGCCAUGGGGGUCCCCACGCCAGGUUUUGUCAUGGUCAGCAUGUACAACCCCAUCGAUACGGAAGGCAAGCCGCUCUCGGGCGACCAGACUCAGACUCUCCAGACGCAUCUGUGCCUGCUGCCAAGCCAGUUGUCCACGUACGCUCGCUACGGCGGUUUUGCGUUUGUCUGCGCUGUGGCACUCACCAUCAGGGCAUUGCUCGUGCCCAUCCUGAACCUACAGCCUUUUGCGCUGGAACCCAGCGGCCCGGGCAGCAGGUCGCGGGCCGGCCUCCCCUCGUCCAAAGCAAAGCUGGACGACCACGACCCUGAGCAAGCCUCGUCCGGAUACGGGCACGGAUCCUCGGCGUCGUCGUUCAACUCGGCCGCCCCGCACCGGUCAGCGACGCGAGAUAGGAGCGCGUCUUUCACGCCCGGGGUGAGGGCGAACGGCCUCGCAGCGCAGGCGCGCAACGCGUCGCCUAAGCGGCAACCAGGUGGGAACACCAAGGGCCUCGCGAGGCACAGCUCUAACAGGGAGAAGAACGGGGGCCGCUGGGCAGGAUGGGGCAAUGGGCCCAAGAUAGAGAUCGACAUCGGCGAGGACGAUGAGUAUUACUAUGACGCGGGCAAGUCGCGGUGGAAGGCGACCAGGUCAACGAAGAGGGGCAGCAGGAACACCCUGAUGACAGCGUGGAGGGAAUUAUGGACCACGGCAUGGAGAGUAUUGUGGAUGGUCGGGGGUUUCUGGCUGUGGUUGGCUUAUAAGGGAUGAUGAUGCGAGGGAGUGAAUUAUUGUUGUUGUUAAUGAGCCUGGGGGACGUAUACCCGUCUCAUAUAAUUCAGUGUAUAAACCAUCCCCGCUG